AUGCCGCCGCGAGAGCUUGCAGGUCUCAAGCCUGGAGACAAAGUGAUCUUUUGGCCGACCAUACCAGAUCCAUUCAAAGAGUAUCCCAGUUCUUGGCCGGUGGGUGGAGAGAUGACGUUUCUUGAGGAAGUUCCAUCAGCGGCCAGGCCGUGCAAAGCUAGGCUUGCUGAUGAUCGCACCGCUUGGGUUUUCUGGUGCGAUGUGGCAUUGCCUGGAACAAAAGGUGAGUGGAAGUGUCCAAUGGUCAAAGUCCAGGAUUUGGCUGGCGAAGUCUCCGGAGAGUUUCCACUAACCAGUUCAGCUGAAGACCUUCUCAAAGAGGUGUUCAAAGACAAAGGGCAAGAUUUGGAUGCAGUUUAUUCCUUCGUGUUGGGCAGCACGAAGCUCCAGUGGGGUUUGCCUUUGGCUUCUCAAGGUGUUGAGCCAGGCAGCUCGUUGACCCUAGUUAAGGAGCCAGCUUCUUCCAAGGCCGGCGUGUACUCCUUCAACAUGAAGUCGUAUCCAGAAGAUCGCUAUUCUGAAUGGGAUGAACUUGAGCUUAUGGCAGACAAAACCUGCACUUGGGCAUACUGCACUGCAGGACCAGGGAGAUGCAGCACUGUCUCCACCUCCAGCAAGGACGUGAAGAAGCGUGGACGGUGGACCCUUGUCGGUCCAAAGGUCAUCGUAUCCUGGGAUGGAGGUGAGAUGCAAAACUUUAAUAACCUGGGCCACUGA